CUCAGCCCAGUAAUAUUGACAAUAGGGUGAAAAGAGAUUGUCCCAAAUUAAACACAUUUUGAGGAAAAUAACCAGGAAACACUGUGUUGCGCUGCAAGUUGGCGAUACCGUAAACAAUCAGGGAAUGUGAUUCGUUUAGUUGCAUCUCAUCACACAUGAGUAUUUCGUUAUUAAUGGGACACGGAGGAUUAUUUCGGUAGAAGGUAAAAGGUACUUGGGUUUGGCUGUUCAAAAAGGCCAAGAUAGCUUGUUCUGCUGGUGUAGCUGCUACUGCAAGAGGCCAAUUGCAUAGGAUUGCAAACAUCUUUGUGGAAAUACUGAUUUGAAAGGAGCUCUCCAAGCCAACAUAUUUGCCACCCAACAUACAGAGGAUCAAGGGCGAUGUCCUCGGCUGCCAGCAUCCCCCCCUCGGUGGACAAGGUUGAUGGCUUCAGCAGGAAGUCGGUGCGGAAGGCUCGCCAGAAGCGCUCGCAAAGCUCCUCCCAGUUCCGCUCACAGGGCAAGCCCAUCGAGCUCACACCCCUGCCCCUGCUCAAAGAUGUGCCUGCGGUGGAGCAGCCGGAGUUGUUCCUGAAGAAGCUUCAGCAGUGCUGUACGGUGUUCGACUUCAUGGACACGCUGUCGGACCUGAAGAUGAAGGAGUACAAACGCUCCACGCUCAACGAGCUGGUGGACUACGUCACCGUCUCUCGAGGCUACCUCACAGAACAGGCCUACCCCGAGGUGGUCAAAAUGGUGUCGUAUAACAUAUUCCGCACGCUCCCUCCGACCGACAGCAAUGAGUUUGAUCCAGAAGAGGACGAGCCGACGCUGGAAGCCUCGUGGCCACACCUACAGCUGGUAUACGAGUUCUUCAUUCGUUUCCUGGAGAGUCAGGAGUUCCAGCCCAGCAUUGCCAAAAAGUACAUCGACCAGAAGUUUGUUUUACAGUUGUUGGAGUUGUUUGACAGUGAGGAUCCGAGGGAGAGGGAUUACCUGAAGACAGUCUUACACAGAAUCUACGGCAAAUUCCUGGGGCUGAGGGCUUUUAUACGCAAACAGAUAAAUAAUAUUUUUCUACGUUUUGUUUAUGAAACUGAGCACUUCAACGGGGUAGCUGAGUUGUUGGAGAUCCUGGGAAGUAUAAUCAAUGGCUUUGCGCUGCCCUUGAAGGCUGAGCAUAAGCAGUUCCUGGUGAAGGUGUUGAUCCCUCUCCACACGGCCAGAAGCCUCUCGCUCUUCCACGCACAGCUGGCGUAUUGUAUUGUACAGUUCCUUGAGAAAGACCCAACACUAACAGAAGCGGUUAUCAGAGGCCUGCUGAAGUUCUGGCCAAAAACCUGCAGUCAAAAAGAGGUGAUGUUUCUAGGUGAGCUGGAGGAGAUCCUGGAUGUGAUCGAGCCGACGCAGUUUGUGAAGAUCCAGGAGCCGCUCUUCAAGCAGAUCUCACGAUGCGUCUCCAGCCCACACUUCCAGGUAGCAGAGCGGGCGCUGUACUACUGGAAUAACGAGUACAUCAUGAGUCUGAUUGAGGAGAACUCCAACGUCAUCCUGCCCAUCAUGUUCGCAAGCCUCUACCGCAUCAGCAAAGAACAUUGGAACCCGGCGAUAGUGGCUCUGGUCUACAAUGUAUUGAAAGCCUUUAUGGAGAUGAACAGCGCUUUAUUUGAUGAACUCACAGCCACAUACAAGUCAGACCGCCAGAGGGAGAAAAAAAGAGAGAAGGAUCGCGAGGACCUGUGGAAGAAGCUGGAGGAUCUGGAGUUGAAGAGAGGCCUGCGUAGCGACGGCAUCAUCCCCACUUAACGACGCGCCAACACGCCCCUCUCCCGCCCGUCGUCAUCCCCCUCCCCGUCUCCAUCCCCCCAUGACAUGACAAGAAAAGAGGCCUGCGUAGCGAAUGCAUCACCCCAACUUAACGGCGCGCCAUCACCACCCCACCAUGACGGCCCCCUCCCCCUCAUUGACACCCAAUCCCACGUGACCAGCCACCAACCCGCCGCACGGACGAACCUCAGAAACCUCAGCUGCCAUUGGCGCCCAGGGCACUAACUAGGCGCCCAGGGCACUAACUCAACCAGAACCUAGUUGGAACCAAAACCAGAACACUCUCUUCACCAGAAACUACUUAGAACCAAAGCCAUGACCAGAACCGUUGCCCACGAUUAGGGUUAGGGUUGCGAUGUAGGCUGAGGCCUCGAGCUAGAACUAUAACCUUAGGCCUUUUAACGAUCUGCGGACGAUCGUGGAUAACGGGGGUUAGAUGUUAGAUGUUAGAGUUGGGGUUGGGGUGUAGGCUAUUUGUAUGAAUGUUGGGGUUACAGUUUAAACGAAGCUAAUGGGUUGGAUAGUGAAGCGAGAUAGUGAAGCGAUACGGCUCUGGGGGCUACGAGCAGUGGUACACACCACACGCCACACACACACCUGAGGUUCUAGAGUGUUGUGAGGGUUCUAGAAUGUCGUCCGUGCGGGCGGAAUGUCGCCUGCUUGGCCGGUCCAGCUGUAGCCCCUCCCCCUUGUUCAGAAGGAAAUUCCUGUGUGUGCGCGGGGCUUCCGGUUGGAGAGCGGCUGGUGCACUUCCUGUCCGUGCGAGGUCACUUCCUCCUAUAGAUGCAGCGGGCGGCCUCGUGAGCAGCACUGUAAAUAUCCAACAUCAUCAUCCUCAUCAUCCUCAUCAUCAUUAGUCUCCCACAUCCCGCAGAGAAGACAACCAACUGCUACAAGCCCAGACGAUGGAGAGGACAGCAGGAAAGAAGAGAGGAGGAGGAGGAGAGGAAAGGAGAGAAGAGACCAGAAAAGAUGCGGAGAGGAGAGGAGGAAGGUGGAGGCAGAAGGAGGAGACUGUCAGCCAAUGGCAUCCCAGUGGAGCUGCUUUUAGGGGGAGGGGAAAAUCAGAAAUCAACCAAUGAAAGAGAAGAGAAGACAGACCCUACACCCGCCCCCUCGUCUACUCCCCUGGACUCCCCCCCCGCCCACUACCCCCACUCCCCUUCACUGAUGCCCUGGGCCCGACGGGACAUGCGCGCGUGUGUGUGUACACUGUGUGUAUGUUGCAGCCUGUAUAUGUAUGGCGCUGAGUAAGGCUGCGUGUGUGCGUGCAUGUGCGUGUGUGUGUGUGUGUGUGUGUGUGUUUGGGGGAGGGGGAGGGGGGUGUAUCUCUGCAGAGCCCGUUCUGCUGCCACUCCACGGCUCCACCGUGUGGACACAUUGUGAAGGUCUGCUGAUUUCACUGGACAUGAAUGACCUCAUCAGAUGCCCCGCUAGUAUUCUAACCGGCAGAAACCAUAGAAGCCCAACUCAUGGGAACACACACACACAAACACACACACACACACACACUCUCUCUCUCUCUCUCUCUCUCAGCGUAGCGUUGCGUUAUGUUGUUAUUAUUAUUAUUAUGUUUUAUUUCAUUUCCCUUCGCUUCUCUUCAGCUGGCCCUCGUGUAGACCAGACGGCAUAAUUUGAUUGGCUGGCUGAGGCUGGCCUCUGUUUUGGAUUUUGAUUGGCUGAGGUCUUGUGUUUUGUUUGGCCAAUCAGAAAGAGCCAUCCUAUAUCGUGGUCAUGGCAACAGCAUGCCGGAAGAAGACAUGGAGGCGCCAAGACUCUCUCUCUCUCACACACACACAGACACACACACACACACGCACACAUAUUCACGCUCACAACCACGCCGUGUGUUUUUCAGUGUGUGUUGCUGACUGUGUUAGGCACUUGUUUAUUGUACUGCAGUACAUUUCUCUGUAGUGUCUUGUAAAGGUGUGUGUGUGUGUGCGCAUGUGUGUGUGUGUGUGUGUGCACGUGCGUUCUCCACAGCACUCUGCCAGAUAAUGAUGCCACACACACACACACACAAACUCCCCUCCAGCUGUGGGAGGCCAAUGGCGCAACCGAGCAUACACACACACACACACACACACACACACACACACAUACACACACACACACACACGUUAGACACAAACACACACGAUACACACACACAGCCCUCCAGCUGUAUGAGAAUACAACUCUUCCUGUCCAGGCGUCUCCUUUCGUUUCUUUUUUGUUUCUUUUUUAUUUUUAAUUUUUCAUUUUGGAUGAAGUUCCUGUAGAGGAGUAGUUUUGUUUAGUUGACAGACAGCAGCAUUAGGGUUGCGGGGAGGGGUGCGGGGCGGGAUGGGGUGGGGGGAAGAGGAGAGGAGGAAGAGAGGGGCCUUCUGGGAUAGGUGUUGGAGGACUGACUGGGUUGUGGGCGUCAUUUGGCGGGGGGGGGUGAAAUUGCCUCAUCUCCCUGCUCACUGCAGCGCUGCAGAGCCAUUCUGCUAUCGAACAGAACUGUCCCCCAGCAGGAGGGAGGGGUGCGAGGCGGGUUGGGUUGGGUUGGGAUGAGGGGAAGAGGAGGAGAGGGGCCUUGUUGAGGAGGGGUGAAGUCUCCUCAUCUCCCUUCUCACUGCAGCGCCGCAGAGCCACUCGGCUACCGAACAGAACUGUCCCCAGCAGCAGCAGGAGAAGCAGCCCACCACACCACACCACACAACACAACACAACAUGACUAAAGGGUUGGAAAAAAUACAAAUGUUUAAUUAUUUUAAAAAAUAAAGAGAUAUUAAAUUAAACCUGUUUUGUGAUAAA